AUUGGAAGGCGUGGCCGCGGGAGGAACAAAAAGCAGAAAGUAUAUAUAACUGUGCUGAUAUAGAAAUAUCUCCAAAAUGGAACUAUGCCUUUGGAGGUGGUGGUGGAACUGCAGAUCCGGGCGAUUUCUUGCCCAGGGGUGUGCCUUCCUGGCAAGCAAGAUGUGUUCCUUGGGGUUUACCUCCUGAAUCAGUACCUGGAGACACAGUGCUUUCCUUCCGUGUUCCCUAUUAUGAUUCAGCGGAGCAUGAGGUUUGAAAAGGUAUUUGAAAAUGCAAUAGAUCCUGGAGCUGUAGCAGACAUUUUAGAAAGCUUUCUAACAAGGUUUGAGUUAAUACAGCUAGUGCCUCCAGCGUGGGAAGAGUUGGCCUACUAUGAAGAAAACACACGGGACUUUCUCUUCCCUGAACCCAGGCUGACACCUUCUCAACCUGGGAUGUGUAGGGAGGUGCUCAUGAAGACAGUUGAAGGUUUUCCGGGCAUUGCUCCCAAAAUAGAGUUUUCUACGAGGACAGCCAUCAGAGAACGUGUGUUUCUGCAUAGAAACAGAUUUCUUGAAGAAAGAUGUAAGUCCCGAAGGCCUUUAUCUACAUCAAAUGGACCAAAAUUCCCCUUAAGUAGUAUAAAGAUGAAAUCAAGGGAGAGUAAUCUCGACAGACUGCCCCAAGGCAUGCAGUCCCGGCCGCCCUCUCCAUACUUCACCAGGCGUUUCUUUCAGGACCAGUCAGCUCAACUGAAUCUUGGAGAUAGUUUCAAAAUACCCAGAGAAAGCAAACCUCCAUUUGUAGUAAGACACGUGGACAGUGCAAAGCCCUUUGGUGAGAACAGUUCAGAGCAUCAUUCCCAGAAGUCUAGAAGAAAAUCUGACUUUUCAAACUUUCCAUUUCCAGUGAGAAGAGCUUCUUCUCUUGACAGCCUUGCAGCUAACGUAAAGGUUAUCAGAGAGCCAGAUGAACGGAUUGUUUUAAGGAAUGAAUCACUAUCAUCGUUAGAUUCAAGUAAAUUUGGAAAGCCCUUGGCCAGUUACAGUAACCAAGGGGAUGCCGAUUUCCACCGGGAAACUUCAUUUGGCACCUCCCAGCACUCCAGAUAUCCCUGCCCUCUUCUGGAUCAGCCCCUUCUCCGAGAAAGGUUCCACCCUGGGUCCCAGUCCAUGUGGAAGAAGAUCCACGAAAGGGUCUGCAGUCAUCUGAUGUCCCACAGAUCUCAGCAACACCUAAACAAGGAAGAUUCCAUCUCUGAAGUAAAGAAUAUCCUUGAAAGACCAAGCUACCCUCUGAAGAAAUGUCCGGUGCAUGAACAGAGAUAUUUUUAAACUGCUGUUCUAUGGGAGACGGAAUGAAAGCUGGAGGAGCAUCAUGAAGAGCUCACUCAUCAAGCCAACUGAACAACAGUUUUUGUUCUGUGUAUCAAAUCACCAGUGUCUAACCCCCUUUAAAUCAAACCUGUAUCCACCCAGUCUUUUGUACCCAGGUAAGAGUCAUUGAUUAAAGUGUUUGCUGUUUGAGGCUCAAGUUUUCUUGUCAAGCUGGAAAAUUUGUGUUUUAGUUUGUUUGUGUGUUUGUUUUGAGCUUGAAAACGAAAAUAAUAAUUGGGUGGCAGGUCUUUUUCAUUUGGAAAGCACUUCUUAAAAUUCUGAUGAAAAUGUCAAGAUGCCUUUUCAGGUGUUCCUCAUUUUUGGCAGUGGAUGUGUUCUUGGAAAGUUCUUUUCUUUCCCUCCUUCCUCAUUUUUUCCUCCUUCCCGCUUGUCCUCACCCCUCCCCCACCUCUACCUAUUUCCCUUCCCUUCCCUUCCUUUUCCUUCCCGUCCCUUCCUGUCCCUUCCCGUUCCUUCCCUUUCCUCUUACAUUUUCCAUGAGCUCGAGGAAGCUGCUAUCUAGAGGAAUAAACUGAUACAUCCUCUAGAAAAAGACUGUCACCCUGAUUUUCCAUUUUUGGUAAAUCUGUUUUUUUGUGGUUGUUUGUUUGCUUUUUAGUGUUAGGCUUGAUUUACAUGAUAUCAACUGAAAACCUAGGAAGAGGGAGCAUUACUUCUGGAGAAUUCAGGUCUUGCUUUAAAGGUUUAAUUUCUAUGAUACAUUUAUAAGAGUAGGCUAAUUUCUUUUGAUUGUAGUUUAAACCACUCCUUCUGUCACCUACCCCUCCUUUUUUCCAGCAAUUCUUAAAUAAAUUUAUAUGAGGAACAAAACCUUCUUCAAAUAUUUCUCUGAAAUAACUACACUAAGUUUGGCAGAAAUGACUGCCAAAACAAGAUUUAAAAUUAGUAGAAGGGUGCCUUUAUGAAAUGCUUACCCAGUUUGAGGAACAAGAAGAGGAUGGGGAUGGAUUGAAGUGGACAUUUGUCUUCAUGGGUCUACAGACCCAGAGAAGAGAGGGCUUGGAAACGGAAACCUUUGUCUUUCCUUCAUGCUAUAACCUGAGCAUUUUCCUCUACCAUGCCCUAAAACCCUUUCAGUUUUUACAAGAUUCAGUGAGAAUCAAAUUUUCUUUUCUCAUUAUGACCACAGGAAUUGGUUCAUUAGGUAAAUUAAGAAAACAAAAUUAAAAAUUAAAGGAGAAAAUAAGUCCAAAAGCCAAAAUAAAACAAAAUUCAUUUAUCCCCUUCUCAGAAUUUCAGCCUAAUAAAGGUAUAUAUCACAACAAGCAUUCCACCUUUAAAAGACAGACGAUAUGCUUAAAUUACACCUGCUUGUAUGUUCUCAGUGUGUCUGAAACUAUAGUUGUCAGUUUGUUACUUUGAGGUCUAAGUAGUCAUCAAUAAUAAAAAAUACUGUAUUACAUUAAAACUAUGGUACAGUUCUCAGAAAAGGGCCACUUAGGAAGGAUAUAAGCAGCUGAAGGAAAUCAGUUCUAAUGAAUUGGUAUCCCGUGGCAGUUGUUGUUCAGAUACACACUGUGACACUCAUUGUCCUUUUUUUUCUUUCUUUAUGGUUUGAGCAUAACUCCUUAAUUCAAUUUAGGGAUAAGAUCUUAAAUGCCCAUUCUUUUUUAAAGUCUUUUUUUCUUUUUUCCUUCGCAAAUCAAUCUGCCUUUUGCUCACUUUCUGAUCUGCUAACUCUAUUGUUUAAGUUAUUCCUAUUUUAUCUUUUUAUUUCUCAAGGAGUUAUUUCGGUUUUGAGGAGUUACAUUGGGGCCAGGUUUGCAGCAGGAUUUUGCUUUUGGAAUAUAUAAAAAUGUGAAUAAUUUUGUGACAUAUUGGGGUUCAGAUUACU